AUCAUGCCGCCAAAGAGGUCUUCCUAUUUGACAAACUGGUUUUUCCAAUUUUAAACGGACACGUGUGUAGGUGAGCGCCGAGCGGCACUGUUAUUAUAAUCGCGACCUUUUUCGCGUUCCAAGUUCAACGUUCGACGAUCGAGGUGACGUGGUCAAGUGAAAGCCAAGCCGUAAAUAAGGGACCGAAACCUGAAUCCUGAAACCGAAACCGAAAGCGCAUAACAUAAAAGUGCGUUGAUGGUGGUUGAUGUGGUGGAUGGCGUCACGCUAGUGCUAUGAGAAGCGAUCUCUUCUAGUCGAGAGAAAGAAUGGAGUUGUUGGUCGCGCAGUAUACUCAGCUCGAGGAAAAUAUAUUGCGAAAUGUCAAACGCAACGGCAUACAGCACCGGCCAAACGCGAGCAGUGGAUUAUGGCUAGGUGUUUUAGUCGGGCUGAGUGCAGCAGUUACAAUAUUGAGAGAAGAGAGCAGUUACUCCGAAAUAUGUCUCUUUGUAGGAACCACAGGCUUCGGUCUUGUUCUCUGUUCUCUAUGCCUUUAUGUGCGGCUUUCAAUGAAACAGACCGUAGCGAAAGAUUUUCAUGCCGUAUACUUUGUACCAGCGAUUAUAACAUCUGUGCUAUUUCUACUUGCUGCUAACAAAGGACUAUUGACGAGUGUCACAUGGGGCUUGACCGUCGGAAGUUUGGGCACAUGGGGCGUUCUGCAACUAAUGUCAGUUUUUCCAUCUUGCUUUACAAUUGGAGAGGCAACGGUGGUUACGCAUAGUUUUAUCCUGUUUUUGAUGUCGGCUGUUACCAAUUUACCCUUGCGAUAUCAUUUACCUCCAAUUCAUGACAGUGACAUAAGCACAGUUUUGUUGCAGGUUGCGAUAUUGUAUGUAGUCGCGAUAUGCUUCCUAUGUGGAUACUUUCCUAUCCUCCGCAGCACAACAUACUUUUAUUUAACGAUAAUCAGCCUUUUGUGUUUCGCAACUCUUCCGUUACUUUACGUUAUUCUUGAUAAAAAUCCAAUAGUAUGGAUAGUUUCUUUUGCUCUUGGCAGUCGUGAAAGGCGUGCAAUAUUCAUGUAUUGGGGAAUAUGUCUUCUGCUAAGUAUUCUUAUCCUACGCUAUCAGAUAUCAUCAAAAUCACAAGCUACAAGUUCAACCAGAAAAAAUUUUCAUGUGUUAGCCACAUUUGUAUAUAUUCCUGGCAUGAUAUACGAUCCUUUGCUAUUGUAUCUUGCCAGUGGUGUGAUGUUGAUACUAUUUGUUGCUCUUGAGGUAAUCAGACUUUUAAAAGUCCCGCCUUUAGGAGAGAUUUUACAGCAAGGAUUUAUUGCAUUUGCCGACGAAAAGGAUUGUUUGCUUUCAUUAACACCUAUAUAUCUGUUGUGUGGUUUAUCGUUACCUCUUUGGAUGCCAACUAAUAAUUUGACACUAGUGGUAUUACUCAGUGGCGUGCUAACGGUAGGGAUCGGUGACACUGCUGCAAGCUUUGUCGGUAACAGAUGGGGUUUACACAAGUGGCUCGACACGGAAAAAACUAUCGAAGGCACCGUCGCAUGCAUAUUUUGCCAAGUUUGCGUAAUACUCACGCUAACAUGCUGUGGUUUCAUGGAUACGUACCAACUACUGCUGAGAAGCCUCUUGGCGGCUGCAUCAAUAUCGUUGAUCGAGGCACGCACAAAUCAAGUGGACAAUCUGGCUCUGCCAUUAUUAAUGUAUGUAUGUUUGAUGGUGUAAGCGUAUAUAUCCAUAUAUAUGGUUUUUUUCCAUUCGAUAAUAAUCCGAUAACAAAUUAAUUUUUAAGAAAAUUAAUAGUAACCAUAGAUAUAAUCAUUUUAUUAUAUAAUUAUUUUUCUGGCUUUCACGUGUUUUUUUAUAAUAGCAAUGAGAAUCUGUAACUUACAUAGAAUAUAUGUAACAUUUUUUAUGCUGUUUCAUACAGUAAAAAUCAUAUUUGGAUUGAUAUAUUCAACCAUCGUGUUGUUUAAUAAUAAUUAAAUGCGUAGGAAAUUAGCCAUACGUGAGGAUUACAACGUGCAAAGCUAAAGCUUACCGGCGAGCGAUUAUUCUAAUUUACUUAUUUGCAAAAUAAUCUGUGUACGUAGCGCAUUUGUUAGAAAGACGAACAAAUAAGGAUGCAGUCUUUGUAAAUGCACGUAUUUUUAUAUAUGUCGCAUUAAGUGGUGAUGUACAAAUAUUUAUAUUUAUAACGGUGUAACACGUUAUAUAUUU